UGUAGUGAAAAGGGAAGAAAAUGGAAAGACGAUUUCACUUGGAAUUCCUUACACAGAGCAUAAAUAAAACAUGACUUUAAACAUAGUUAAGGUAUUCGGACAAGUGCAAAACUCUAAACAAACGCAGUUGAAGAAGCCUAGAGUGACAUGAUGUGAGUGUUGAAGACAACCAUGGAUGAUGCCAUACUCCAACGGGUGUGUAGUCUUGCCACUGCAUUCCGCCAGUCUGCUCAUCUCCUCCUUGAUCAGCAAUAUAAGCUUUCAUUAGACACAUGGUCACUUGGAGAAAUUCAAGAAGCAUUUAGUUUAAUCCUUGAGAUAGAGCAGCACACUAACUUCCAUGUGCUGCCUCCCAACCACCGCCAGCACUCCGCAAUCCCACACCUUCAGUUUAUUUAUGACCUUCUACAGAAGAUCUUUGGUUUAAGACUGUGGGCUAAAGUUGGACAAAGUCUUCCACAGAAUGAAACUAUAAGUUUACGCUGCUUCCGGAACUUACAAGCUCUGGAGUUAUUGCACAUUCCUGUGACCAGCCUCAAAGCCCUCCAAACCCUGCGGCCAACACUGCGAUCAGUAAUAAUAGUUAAAGGACUAACACGACUUAGUGAUCUGUUCAUCCGUUGUGGUGCUGAUAAGGCAGGAGAGUUUGCAUGGGAGCAACUGCAGGAAGCUGUGUUGGCUCACAACUCAUUGUACAGUUUAGACCACAGCCUUAGUCUCCUGCCAAACCUUAAGAUACUAGACUUAAGCCAUUGUGAACUGGAGGAUGCCUCAGCUCUGGAGUACCUCCCUACUGUGUCGUUAUUAGACCUGAGCCACAACCAACUACGACUCCUUCCCCGUCUCUCUCCUACUGCUACCUACUCUCUUAUAGUUCUCAUAGCCAAUAACAAUCUUUUUUCUCACAUAAGUGGUUUACAUGAAAUGAAUAACAUUGAGGAGCUGGAUCUGAGGGACAAUGUAUUAAGUUUGAAGGAAGCAUUGUCACCCAUUGGUGCCUUACCUCAUAUUAGAGUGCUCAAGAUAAGUGGUAACCCUAUCACAUGGGACCUCAACUACAGAAGUCAAAUUAUCAGACAGCUAAAUCCUGCUACUGCCAAUCAUAAGGUUGUGUUUGAUGAUGUGCCUCUAACAGGUCAAGAAUAUGAUGAGGUUGGGAUGCAUGCAGUGCCAGCAGGAUCCUCUUACUCCCCAGAACUUCUUUCAUCUCUUUCAUCCCUCUCCUCCCUUUGUUCUCCAGUGAAUCCAAUAAGUCCAGCACAUGGACUAAUCUCACAGCCUCUGUAUUCACCUGAAGAGGCAGAUCUGAUUCAGCUAGAUCCAGUAGACUCCCAACCAGCAAGUUUAGUUAAUGAUUCAGCUCCUGUAUCACUCAAAAACUCAGGCAAUGGACAACCCCGCAGAAAAUCAAAGAAGAAACGCACUCGACAUAUAGCCAUCACAGAUCCUGAUAAUGAGGAUAUGGACAAUGACAGUAUACAUUUGGCAGACAGUGACAUGUUGGAAAGAAUGGGUGUACCCGACCCCCCACCACCUAGUUUGGCAGCUGGUCCAACCUUCACUCUUCCCACCUCAGAAAGUUUCACUCAGGCUCUCAAUGCCCACACCCUCAAGACAGACAUGAGAAAUCCUGCUCCUGAGCAAAGUGACAGAUUACUUGAGGAAAUUCUUCAGUCCAAACCCCACUCUGGGACCCCAGGUGCUCAAUGUGAUAUGACCAAUCUAGUCAACAUGGCCACAAAUGAAACCAGCAACCAGGAUGAAAUAGUAAACACAAAUAAGGAAGAUGUGGUUGUAGGCAUUCCUUCAGAUCAAAAUGAUAAGGAAAGCUCUCCAGAAGAGAACCCCUCCACUAGUGAUAUAACUGAGGCAAAGACAAGUGAUGAGCCAAGCAUGGAGUCCAGCAUGGAGUCCAGUUUCUAUAAGGGAAGCUCAAACAUUUCUCGGAGAUCAUCUACUGAUAUGUCACCACCACAUAGCGAUAGUGACGAUGAGAAGGAUAAAGUCCUUGCCCAAAGAGAGAUGGAAGACCAAGGAGGUGAGGAAGGUGAUGCUCAAGAUGGUAAAAGCCUGCAUGAUGUUAUCCUAGCAGUCACGCCUUUGUACUUCAAGGAAAAGCAUAGCAUUACAACGGCGACUCUAUUUAGGUGGGAGCUUAGAUGUGUAGAGAGUGUAGAGUUGUUGUCAAUGUCACCCCACAAGAUUCUGAUCACAUUUGACACAAUAAGACCUGCAUAUAGGACAAGAACAUACAUCCUUGAUCCUCCUGAUCACCAGAGUUUAAUGAAGAUAUUGACUCCAGUCUUAGAGAGGAAUGCACUUCAGGAGAUGCUUCAUUCUGCCAUGAAGUGUGUUAAAUGUGACGCUCAAUUUUCUCGAGACUUGGCAGUACAGUCUGAUGGCUCAAACACACUCAAGUGCCCCAACUGUGGUGGAGGUGUGGUGGUGCGGGUUGAGAGGGUGGAUCAUCCUGCUGUGUCCUCUUCAGCUAUGUAUGAAGCAAGUGGUCCAUUUUGUAGCACUCCUCUAGACCAAACAUUGGUGAAUAAAUCAGGUGCUCUUGCCAGUGCUCCUCCAGCAGGAACAGAUUCGGGUUCAUGUUUGGGAGAGUCUAGUGAGAGUGUGAGCGUGUGCAGUGAGGCAUCUUCCUGUGUGCGACGGGAAUCUGAUGUCGAGGUGAUAUCAAACCCAUCUGUGUCUAGCAUUGAAGUUCUCAAUGAUCAGCAUGUUAUUCAUGAAGGAGAAGGAGAUGGAGAGAAGCCACUUGUAUCAGCAGUUGUCAAUACUGAUGCAUGCACUCCAGCUAAUUCACCAAGUAUCAACCAGAAGCCAGAACCCACAACCUGUAUGCAAGAGAGUAGCUCUUCAGGUUCCAUGACAGGGAGUGUGUGUACCACAUAUGAGAAGACAGGAUCACUCCCUACCUCUCCCCUCAAGGCCAUCCUUCAGCAACACUCCCACUUAGACACUGUGGAUUCUAAAAAUAACUCUAAGGAUAUCAGCAGUGAUAUGUCAAGUGCCUUGUACCAGACAGCAGAGUCUUCAUUACAAGUGACAGUGCCAGGAACCUCACCAUGUUCAGUGGGCAACUCGCCACAUCUGAGCUCCAGCAGUGCCAGUAUAGAUACAAUAAAAAAUGGGGCAACAACUCCUGGCCUUCAUCACAAAGCUGUGAUGACAAGUAUCCAAGGUGAAAAAGCAAUUAAUGAAGAUGGUGGAAAACAACGUAGCAUAUCAUCAUGGGUUCAGUCUCUCCUGCAUACUCUUACCGGCUACUACUGGCUUUGGUGGGAGGAAGUUGAAGAAGUAGAGGGUAUUGAGAGAAUUUCAAAUCCUAUCCGAUACUCAUAUGAAGACUUUGCUGAUGUGGAUCAUCGCCUUAAACUUUACUGUGAAGUUCUGCUCUUCCAUGAACCAGGAGAACAGCUUUUGGGGCUGGUUAAGGCUGUACUGUUAAUUAAAGGGGGGAGGAGAGAGUUCCAAGGUCUUCUUGUCAUCUCAAACAAGAAAUUAUACAUAUUAGAAAUUGUUGCUCAAGAAGAUGACAGCCCCCAGGCAUGGCUAGAAUUGUGUUCCUCAUACAACUUGUCAGAUGUUGGUACAAUCCAUAGUUUGUACCAACGACAAGGUCUGGCACUCUCUCUAGCUGAUACAAUCUUGAUGAUAUCACUGGCUGACUCUCAUCGAGCAAAUUGCUUCUUCAAUUUUUUUAGCGAACUAUUAGAUGAAUGUGGGAUCAACCCAACCAUAGGGGAAUGCAGCCCAUCCCAGGAAGAAGUCCUUAUGCAACAUAUCCAAGAAGCAGUAGAAUCUACAGGAGAGGAAACCACUCCUUCUAUAUUUGCUAUUGUCUCCUUACUCCUUGAUGGUGGAUGCAGUGAAAGUCAGUUUCUGGCCAUCACUGAAACUGACCUGCUGUUGUUCUAUGCUGACCUGGAGUGGUACUUACCCCCAACACCAGAGUCCAAGCUCCAGUUAAAUCUUGCACAGAAAAUAUCUGACAUUACAGCUAUUGAAGUGCAUAGUGAGAGUCAUGUUGCCCUACAGUUUAUGGAUGAAGUAACAGGAAGUGAGACAUCAUGGGAUCUUCACGUUGCAUCAUCUGUUGCAGCUUGCCACAUUAUCCAGGCCAUACGAACCCCUUGGACACAACUCUUCAGUGUUGAUCUUCAGGACUUCAUCGGUGUUUAUCGAACCAAAGAAGGUGACCUGCUCAGCAUGACACGAGUAAUAACAGAUGGUGACCCAGCUACGAAUGAUAAAGAAGAAACACUAUCACAAACUGAUACUCAAGACUGGUACCAAGUUGCAGCAGUUUCUGGAAAUUUGAAAUACGACACCAAGUACCCAAUUCUAGGAUAUAGUGACCAUGUGGCAUCUUUCACCAUCACUCCUAAAGAAGAGGAAGCAAAGCACAAGAACUUGGAUUCUGAAAACUUAGUGAUAUGUUGUUAUGAGCCACAGUCACCGGCUCUAAAUGAUGAUAAUGACUCUUAUACCAAAUCCAAAGUAUUGAUUACAGAGGGGGCAGCUGUUCAAGGUUCCGUGUAUUCUGCUGACAUUUUACACGAUCAAAAUAGUUGUCAUAAUAUUAAUACUGGUAAAAUUAGUGACAGCCUUGUAGUUUGUACCCAUCUACAAGAUUCUGCACCUGUAUUUGAGGAAAAUGUACAAGGAAUUUCUAACGUAAUUUUUUCGGAGUUUACGAAGUAGCACAAGGUAUGUACAUGUCACAAAUAUUUCUAUAAAUUUAAGUAGUAAUCUCCAUUUUUUUUUUAUUGCAAUAUGAUUGUCUGAAAAUCAAGAUUAUUCCUCACAUACAGCAUACAGCACAACCUCACAAAUUCAGAACUGUUAGGACCAGGAAUUCUUGGGCAGCUGACAUCUCACCUACUGUAUAUCACACAAUUAUAGAUUUUUUUUUGUAUUUUAUGGUUACAUAAUCAACAUUCAUACCCUUUAAGCCUCCUUUACUAACUAAAUUCAGGUUAUAGCACGUCUCAAACUUUAUCUCAAGGCACAAGAACUUAAAAAUCUCCAUUUUUUCCAUACACUUUUGGAAAAAAAUGUGCUAUAAUCAUGUUGUUAUUGAUUUUUAACACAUGACAAUUUGAUAGGGUCAUCUUAAAUAUCACACAUCAAAGAUAUUCUGUACGUGACAUUUGUAUAUACAGUACUCUAAAUUACUGAAAGGAAUUUGUUCUGUAACUUUUUUAUACAUUGUUAUUAUUUUUUCUACUGUGAACUAUUUAUUCAGUUGUAAUUAAAAGGUCAUGUGAGUAAAACUGCAGUUCAUUAUGGUAAGUGUUACAUAAGCUACAAUCUCAAUUGUUGUACACAGGAAAGAGUGAUUAUGGAAUCUCAGGAGAAAACAGUUAUAGCAGGAGAAUCUGGUACAUAUAUACAUGUACGGUAUGCAACAAACAGGUAUGAUCAUUGCUACCACUUCUUUCUCUAACAUGAUUAAUUAUUGUAUAGUGUGUGUAUAUAAGAAUAAAUAGAGUUAAGCUCAGGGUUA